CCGGGCUGCUCCGCGGCCGUCCGAGCAGAUGCAGCAUGGAGCGAGAGCCGGGCGACGGCAGCCUCUUUUUCCGCGGUCUCCAGGACCGCUCCCACGACAAGAUGAAGCUGCGAAAGAGAAAGUCGGCCUUGUACCGCAGCCCGGAGAAAAGCAGCGGGCGUCGCGGAGGGGAAGAAUCACACCAGCAAGUGGGACUUUAACCUGUGGCGGAGAUCUUCUUGGUGAAAACAUUUAUCUGGUCUUAUUUACCGUAGCAUUACGAACAUGUAAUUGCUUUUUAGUCCAGACCAGUUUUGUUCCAGAUGAGUACUGGCAGUCUCUUGAAGUUGCACAUCAUAUGGUUUUCAAUUAUGGUUAUUUGACCUGGGAAUGGACAGAAAGAUUGAGGGGUUACACUUACCCCUUAAUCUUUGCAAGCAUUUACAAGAUUCUGCAUCUUUUGGGGAAAGAUAGUGUUCAGUUGCUGAUUUGGAUUCCUAGACUUGCCCAAGCAUUUCUGUCUGCUAUAGCUGACUUGAGGCUUUACUCAUUAAUGAAGCAACUAGAAAAUCAGCAAGUGGCAAGAUGGGUGUUUUUUUGCCAGUUAUGCUCUUGGUUCACAUGGUAUUGCUGUACCAGAACUCUUACAAACACCAUGGAAACUGUUCUCACUAUAAUUGCUCUUUUCUACUACCCUUUGGAAGGUUCAAAAUCUAUGAACAGUGUCAAGUACUCUUCCCUGGUGGCACUUGCCUUCAUAAUUCGUCCCACGGCUGUCAUUCCAUGGAUACCUUUGCUCUUUAGACAUUUCUGGCAAGAACAGAGAAAACUUGAUCUUAUUCUACAUCAGUUUUUACCUGUAGGAUUUGUCACUUUGAGUUGGUCUCUGAUAAUUGAUCGUAUGUUUUUUGGUCAAUGGACUCUGGUUCAGUAUAAUUUUUUGAAAUUUAACGUGCUGCAGAAUUUGGGAACAUUUUAUGGUUCUCAUUCAUGGCACUGGUACUUCAGUCAAGGAUUUCCAGUUGUCUUGGGUACUCACAUGCCCUUCUUUAUUCAUGGCUGCUUCCUAGCCCCCAGAAGGUACCGGAUACUUUUGGUGACUGUGCUGUGGACACUGCUAGUUUAUAGCAUGUUGAGCCACAAAGAAUUCAGGUUUAUCUAUCCAGUUUUACCAUUUUGUAUGGUGUUCUGUGGGUAUUCACUAGAUCACCUGAAAACAUGGAAGAAACCAGCUCUAAGUUUCCUGUUUUUAUCAAAUAUGCUCCUCGCUCUCUAUACUGGUUUAGUUCAUCAACGAGGCACUCUUGAUGUCAUGACUCACAUUCAAGAACUCCGUUACAACAAUCCCCACAAAUCUGCAGCUUCCAUAUUUGUAAUGAUGCCUUGCCACUCUACUCCUUUUUAUAGCCAUGUUCACUACCCACUUCCAAUGAGAUUUCUCCAGUGUCCCCCAGACCUGACUGGAAAAAGUCAGUAUCUUGAUGAAGCAGAUAUAUUUUAUCUAAAUCCUUUAAACUGGUUGUAUAAAGAAUUUCCCAACAAUUCAACAAUGCCUACUCACUUGAUCAUCUUCAGUGUUUUGGAGGAGGAAAUAAAUGCUUUCCUAAUUUCAAGAAACUAUGAGAGAACUGCUGUUUUCUUCCACACUCACUUGCCAGAGGGUCGAACUGGAAGUCACGUAUACGUCUAUGAACGGAAAUUAAAAGGGAAACUCAACAGAAGAUGAAAUUCUGAACUGUGUUUAGUUUUCCAAGAGAAAUAGGUACUGCUGGGUAGAAAUAUUCAGACGCUGUUUAAAAUACUCUAGUAAACACUGAGUAAGAUUCAUGGAACUAGCAAAAAACCACUAUGAACUGCUUUACCAAAUAGUACUACUGAGGAAAUGUAUGAAAAAUACCAAAAAGGAUAAAAUCGUAUAUUAACACAAUGCCAGAUUUUAAAUAAAGACCUUUAGUUUUCCUC